AGCCCAGAAGUUACAUAUCUGAAGAUAAUCGAUCAGCAAAAAUCCCAUUUAAACACACCUACUGUUUCAAAGGGACAUUUAUUUGCAUUUGCAAAAAUUCAACCGCAUCGCUUGCGCAGUGAUUUAUCAGAAGUAACACACACGGGCCAGGUAUGGGCGGAAGAUGAUUAUCGUAACGUUCGUUUUACAAAUGCCAAACGUUGGGUUAACAAAAAUUGGGGCAUGAAAUAUGCGCACCAAAUAGAGCCCAUCAUAUGUUCUGAGCGCAUAGUUUAUUGUAAUGGCGAUGGCCCCUUAGGACAUCCAAUAAGCUAUAUAUGUUUGGAUAAGCCUGGAAAACACUGGUGUCAUUAUUGUUUGAAAUCAUUCAUACGCGAGCAAAAGAAGAAGUGAAACACAAUAAAAUAUUAUAUUUUGGAUACCUGUACUAAACUAAGUUUGAACAUUUGGAACACUUUUUAAUGCUAAAAUCAAACACAAGCUUAAUUGCACACGUAAAUA